UGUCUCCGCUCUCUCUUGAUUUCUGUUAACUCAGCGCCCAUGCUAAAGGGUUCUAUGUUGAUUCUGGAAACCCUAAUUAAUGCGUGGUUCAGAUCAAAGAAGAAGAAUUCGUCGAGUCCACAGCAGGAGUUGAGGUUUUGUUCUCUUCCCUUUUCUUGUCUAAUCAAUACGUGGUGAAAUGUGGGUAAAAGGUGAACGACCAGCGGCUGGCGAUUCUCCGUUCCAGUCGUCAUGUACGGAAACGGCGGCCCUGGAGACGGCGGUGAUGAUAAUGGCGGAACAAGCAUGAUCUCGAAGCGCCGGGUAUCAAUCGGAGUUGAUUCGAUCGACAUAGCUCAGGUCUUAGCUGUUUACUUCAGGGACAGCGAGACAUGCACCGUCGACGAGGAGAAGUUGCUGCUCACGGCGGAGCUCCUCCGUCUCUUCUCGUCUCCGCCUUGUCGCAACCUGGUUUCCCAGGCAAAGGAAGAAGGUAACGGGUGCUUCUCCUUGUCUCUUGAUCUCCAACAAUUCAAGAAACUCUGCCAUAUUGAUAACUUUUUUCUGAAUCUGGAGAACAAUCCGAAAGUGGUGAUCCGAUGCAUGAGUGCUGCUGUCCACAAGAUUCUUUUGGCUCAGUGGGAAACAAAUGACUUUGUUGAUGUGAAGAGGGUAAAUAUUCGCCUGCAUAAUUAUCCCGAGUCCCUGACUACCUUGAAAAAUUUGAGAGCAGCAUAUAUCGGAAAGCUUGUAUCUGUACAUGGCACUGUUGUUAAAGUUAGUACAGUGAAGCCGCUUGUCACACAGAUGAAUUUUGACUGUGCAAAGUGCAAAACUAGCAUUGCACGAACAUUUUCUGACGGAAAAUUUUCACCUCCGCAAACUUGUGAUUCACAUGGAUGCAAGUGCAGGACAUUUAUUCCAAUUCGAUCUUCUGCUCAAACAAUUGACUUUCAGAAAAUUAGGAUACAGGAGCUACAAAAGCUUGAAGACCAUGAAGAAGGACGGGUCCCUCGAACCGUGGAAUGUGAGCUGACCGAAGAUCUUGUUGACACAUGUAUUCCGGGUGAUGUGGUGACUAUUACAGGGAUUAUAGCAGUGAUCAAUAAUUACAUGGAUAUUGGAGGAGGGAAAUCAAAAUCCAAGAAUCAAGGAUUUUAUUAUUUGUACGUUGAGGCAGUUUCAAUAUGCAACGCCAAGCAGCAGUCUGCAUUUGAGAACUCAGAAGAUCCUAGUAACAGUAUCCGGCAUACAGAUGUUGGUGACUUGUUCUCAUUCUCACAGAAAGAUUUGGAAUUUAUUGUGAAGUUUAAAGAGGAAUAUGGUUCGGAUGUGUUCCGUCAGAUCCUUCAUUCUAUCUGUCCGUCUAUCUAUGGACAUGAAAUUGUCAAAGCUGGAAUAGCGUUAGUGCUUUUUGGAGGUGUAAGAAAGCAUUCAAUGGAUCGGAACAAAGUUCCAGUGAGAGGCGACAUUCAUGCCAUAAUUGUUGGUGACCCUGGACUGGGAAAAAGCCAGCUAUUGCAAGCAGCGACGUCCAUUUCUCCUCGUGGAAUUUAUGUAUGUGGUAAUGCAACAACUAAUGCAGGACUCACCGUUGCUGUAGUGAAAGAUUCCAUGACAAGUGACUAUGCUUUUGAGGCUGGUGCCAUGGUACUUGCAGAUGGUGGAUUGUGUUGUAUUGACGAAUUUGACAAAAUGUCCUCUGAAUACCAGGCAUUACUGGAAGCAAUGGAACAACAGUGUGUCUCUGUUGCAAAGGCUGGGCUUGUAGCAAGUCUGUCAGCUCGGACUUCUGUUUUAGCAGCAGCAAAUCCUGUUGGUGGUCAUUACAACCGCGCAAAAACCGUGAAUGAAAAUUUGAAAAUGAAUGCUGCCCUCCUCUCACGAUUUGAUCUGGUUUUUAUUUUGCUUGAUAAACCCGAUGAGCUCCUCGACAAAAGAGUCUCGGAUCAUAUUAUGUUGCUUCAUGCUGGCAACGGCCAAACUUCACCUGCGGUUAAGAAGCUAAAGAUAGCUUCGCAGGAUGCUGGAUAUGCAGAUAUAAAUGCAACAGGUGGUACUCUAGUUUCAAGGCUGCGAUUUGACCCGAAGAAUGAUUAUGAGUUUGUUCCUGUCCCUGGCAAACUGCUCAGGAAAUACAUUGCUUAUGCUCGGAAUUUUGUCAACCCUAAGAUGACAAAGCCAGCAGCAGAUAUCAUACAGAAGUUUUACUUGAAGCUGAGAGACCAUAACACAUCUGCUGAUUGUACACCAAUAACGGCUAGACAACUGGAAAGUUUGGUCAGGCUUGCGGAAGCUAGAGCUCGGGUAGAUUUGAGGGAAGAAAUAACAGUUCAAGAUGCCUUGGAUGCGGUUGAAAUUAUGAAAGAGUCCCUGUACGAUAAGUUUGUAGAUGAACAUGGGGUUGUGGAUUUUGGUCGGAGUGGGGGAAUGAGUCAGCAAAAAGAGGCAAAGCGGUUCUUGAGCGCUCUUGAUAAGCAAUCGGCUCUGCAGCAGAAAGACUGUUUCUCGAUCUCCGAGAUGUAUAGUUUGGCUGAUAGGAUUGCUCUAAGAGUUCCUGAUAUAGACACCUUUCUGGAGAAUCUGAACAUUGCUGGUUACCUGCUGAAGAAAGGGCCAAAGACUUAUCAGGUCCUCUCAUCCUCUUAUUCUCGGGCGAGUCAGUCUUCGUCCAGGUCAAGAUGAUAGGGGAAUUCUGCGGUAGCUGCAGAGCACAGGUAAAAGCACUUAUCCAGACCCCUAGGAGUAAAUAUGUAUAUUAUAUAUUUCAGAGGCGUAGUGGUCAAGUGCAUUACUACUUUUGAACCACAACGAGACAUUCCCCGAAAGGGAGAGUUGGGUUGAGUAACGUUGAUUUACACAUGACAAUUCAGGGUAUAGUAUAGUGUAUAGUAUAGUGUAUAGUAUGGUGUGUAGUAUACACUGCAGAUACAUGAAUGCAGUGAAUGGUGGCUUAUGUAUGUGUAGCUUCCUGAUGCAAGUGAAGGACCAGGUUAUUGUUACA